UUACCAGUACAGCGCUUUUUGUCCACUUAAUAAUGUUGUUUGUGGCUCAAGAUGACCUGAUAUCAUUCACGAGGGAUACAUUUGACAUGUAAUUCACACAGGCUAACAAGUCAUUUACAGCAGUUUAAAUGCAGACAGUCACCUUUUUUCAGGUUAACUGGUUAUAUUUGUUGAAAUCCACUCUGAGUGUUCCAGAUGUUGCAUCCGCCGAUUCGUCAUUUUCACUGAAUGGUUGUCUCAUUCGGCCAGUGUGCUGUUCAGUCAGGCGGUUUGCUCCUAACUAAACUGUAUCACUAGUUUACGUGGGCGUGUUUCCUCAAUCAGCUGACCGAGUGAACAGGAUGUAUGCAGGUAAACUCGAGUUUCUGUCGCGCUGAUCUGUGGUGUAGUGGAGAGACUGUCGAUGCCUGAUUCACUUCACAGAAACACAGAGAGAGCCUUGAACUAAUUUGUUGAAGCAGACAUGGAGAGUGACUCUGAAACACAGAGUGGUGAAGAUACUACUCCAGAUGACUGGAUGGAAUUGGCUGAUGACAGUCCUGCUGCCAGUCCAGAUGACAGUCCUGCUCUCAGUACUGAUGCCACACAGAAACCCUCAGAAAAAGAGGAUUUUAAACUGUCCCUGAUCACCUGGAAUGUGGACGGGCUUGAUUUCGAAAACCUUCCAGAGCGUUCCAUAGGCCUGGUUAAAUAUUUAAACUUAUACAACCCUGAUGUGGUGUUCCUGCAGGAGCUCAUUGACCCUUAUGCACAGUUCUUGAAGAAGCGGCUUGUCAGCUACCUGAUGAUUGAAGGUUCUGAGGAAGGUUACUUCACAGGGAUGUUGCUGAAAAAGUCACGAGUCACAUUGGUGGAGAGUGAGAUAGUACCUUAUCGCACCACUAAGAUGAUGAGGAACCUGCUUGUCGCUCAGGUGAUCGUCGAUGGUCAGAAGCUGUGCCUGAUGACAUCCCACUUUGAGAGCUGUAAGGCCAAUGCUAAAGAGCGUAUGAAUCAGCUGCAUGUGGUGAAGUGGAAGUUUAAACAUGCACCUGAUGAUGUCACCGUUGUGUUUGGGGGAGACACAAACCUGAGGGAUGGGGAGGUACCCAAGGUGGGCCUGCCUGCAACUGUCUGUGAUGUGUGGGAGCGACUGGGCAAGCAGGAGCACUGCCGCUACACGUGGGACACCACUGCCAACAACAACAAGAAAGCUUCCUACCCUGUUCGCUUCCGCUUUGACAGAAUCUACCUCCGCCCGGCUAUCAAAAGUGGAGCCCCUCGUCUGGCCCCUGAUCACAUGGCCUUGGUGGGGCUGGAGAAGCUGGACUGUGGCCGCUACACUAGUGAUCACUGGGGAAUCUACUGCACCUUCUCAGCUGAAUAGAACUACACAAAACAACCAAAACCAUGAGAGUUAAGCAUUUUAUUUUAGAUCAGCUGCUCUUUAAAUCACAGUAACGCUAUGCAGGAAGAUGUUCCUCACCUUAUUUUAAUCAGUUUUAUCCUCUAAUGUGUGUCUGCUUAAGUGUUUUAUGUGGUUAAAAUGACAAACUAAAAUAUGAAAAGCACCAAUAAAUUACAAUGUCUUUGUUUUAUUAUACACUUGCACUGAUGGGGGGAAAGUCCAUUAGCAGAAGUCUGACAGCUCUUCAGCUUUUAACCUUGUUACAUGAUCUUCCUCGAUGGAUGGAGUUGGGACUGAAAAACACCACACACAGCAUGAGAAACACUACUGGGAUGUCACUCUGUAUGUAAUACAAGCAUCAGACCACUAGAGAGCAGUACACAGGUGAAUAGCAACUGUUCAAACUGUGACUUACAGGACUGAAGGAAGUGUUAUUUGAAGUCUUAAUGGUGAGUCCAACUUUUAACUGCUGCACAGUAUGACUGAAGCUGUUGAUCCACUGUUUUAACAGCUACAUGCAGUAGCAUCCAUCCACUCUCUUCUGCUUAUCGAAUUCAGGGGCCGGAGCCUAUCCCGGUUGUUAUAGGGCAAGACGCAGGGUACACCUUAGACAUGGUAAAAAGUGAUUUUGCCACAUGUGUUUGUGUUUUAUGUCACAUUAAAGGAAAUAAUAUUUGGCAUCUUUUAUAAAGGACGGAAAGCUCCCACCCCCGGUAAUAUUUCUAAUUGUUGGAAUUGUAAUUAAGUUUGUAAUUCA